AGCCGCGAAGCUUCCAGCACCUCCGAAUCAAUUCACGUCCCCAUUGCGCCCCUCCGCGCUAGCCCCUCCUUCACAAUUACAUCAUUUGCACAAAUCUGUGUGCUUGCUUCUCGACCUCACGACAUCACCUUCUUCCCCUCCCACUACCUCAUUUAGCAGUCCACCGCGACACUCACAUUGACAGUCACACCACCCGACCAAAACCAUGGAUCGAGCACUUCGAGGGUCUUGCGCCUGUGGUCGGUGGCGAUACGUCGUCGAGAUACCCGCACAAUCCGUCCAGCUUGCGGAGCUGAGAUACGACAACAGUAGCGCUUCCCGCUACCAUCAAGCUAGCCCACUCACCAUCUGGCUCCGAGUUCCACUCGCGUGGUUUCAUAGUGCUACUUACGCGCAAUUCCCCGACGAGACUCACACUAGCAUCCAGCGCACCUUCACAUCGCCCUUCCCCAGCGCACACUCUCGCCGCCAGUUCUGCGGUUACUGUGGCACACAGCUGACAAGCUGGCACGAGCGCACCCGUGAGGACGCUGAGCAUAUCCUGCUUACGGUGGGUAGUCUGCUAGACGAGGACCAGGAACUGCUGGGUGAGCUGGGAUAUCUACCAGGAGACAGCAGUGACGAGGAGCCGGCCAUUGUGAGAGGUGGACAGGGGCAGGGCGAGAGGGCGGUGGCUCAAGCAGAGCGGGCGAGGGGCACGCCCUGGUUUGAGGAGCUAGUGGAGGACACGAGGCUGGGGAAGUUCAAGAAGCAGAAAGGCGGGCAUGUGUCCAGGGAUGGGAGCGUGAGGGUGGAGUGGGAGGUUGUGGAGUGGACGGAAGGCGACGACGCCGACGAUGAGGCCGGCGAGACAACGGGUCCAGCAAAACGAAAGAUUGGCGAAGUCCAGGUUGAGGAGGGCGAUACUGAGAUGCGGACGGUUUGAGAACGGCGGAACGAGUGGCGUGAAUUUGACGCAUAGAUAUACUGGCUCACGCUGGGUUGGACCGCUCACGGGGAAGGAGACUGGGGACGCUGGUAAUGGAGAUGCUCUCACAACAGCAUUAUCUUGGUUUCUGGGACAUGAAUUCAGCUUCGGGCUUCAAUUGUAUUAACAUUUGGCGUGUCGGCGUGCCGGUGGGUGUGCGGU